AUGUCACAGAGCACAGCGAGCUAUGUCUAUGCAGAUGGCAAUGGAGCCGCAGCUACGAGACGAAAGGUGGCCAUUGUAGGAGCUGGUCUGGUGGGUUCAUUGGCCGCUUUGAACUUUGCCCGCAUGGGUCAUGAGGUGCAGCUCUACGAAUACCGUGAGGACAUACGCCAGGCUCAGCUUGUGCAGGGACGCAGCAUCAAUUUAGCGCUGUCUCAACGUGGACGCAAGGCCUUGGCAGCCGUGGGCCUAGAGCAGCAGGUGCUGGCCACAGCGAUACCCAUGCGAGGACGCAUGUUGCACAAUGUCAAAGGGCGCACGAGCAUUGUGCUCUACGAUCCCUGCAACAAUCAAUGCUUGUACUCAGUGGGUCGCAAGCAGCUGAACGAGCUGCUGCUGAAUGCCUGCGAUGCCUUUCCCAAUAUUCAAUGCCAUUUCGAGCAUAAGUUGAUCAGUGCCAAUAUAAGAGAGGCACGUAUGCAGUUCAAGCUGGGGACAGAAAGGCAGGCAGAGGAGCAGCUGAUCUCUGUUGCCGCGGAUUUGAUUGUGGGCUGCGAUGGCGCCUUCAGUGCGCUGCGGCAGCAGCUCGUGCGUCAGCCCGGCUUCAAUUACUCGCAGGAGUAUAUUGGCACGGGCUACCUGGAGCUCUGCAUACCUGCCAAGGACAAUGAAUUUCAAAUGCCACCGAAUUACUUGCACAUCUGGCCGCGAGAUUCCUUCAUGAUGAUCGCAUUGCCCAAUCAGGAUAAGUCCUUUACGGUCACUUUAUCGAUGCCCUUUGAGCUGUUUGGGCAAUUGCAGACGCAGCAACAGCUGCUGGACUUCUUUCGCACUCACUAUGUGGACGCACUGCCUCUGAUUGGCGAGCAGCAGCUGAUCAAGGACUUCUUCAAGUCACGUCCACAGCAUUUGAUGUCCGUUAAGUGCAAGCCGUAUCACUAUAUGGAUAAAGCUCUGAUUUUAGGCGAUGCUGCACAUGCUAUGGUACCCUACUAUGGCCAGGGCAUGAAUGCGGGCAUGGAGGAUCUAACGCUGCUCAGCUCCAUACUGAAUCAGGAACUCCCGCUGGAUGUUGCACUGGAGCAGUUUACGGAAUCACGCUGGCAAGAUGCCCAUGCCAUUUGUGAUCUGGCCAUGUACAACUAUGUAGAGAUGCGCGAUUUAACCAAGCGCUGGUCGUUUCGCUGUCGCAAGUGGCUGGACACAACGCUGUUUCGCUUCUUUCCCAAUCACUGGGUGCCGCUCUACAACAGCGUCUCCUUCACCAGCAUGCCCUACAGUCAGUGCAUUGCCAAUCGUCAGUGGCAGGACCAGUUGUUGGGCAAAGUUCUUAGUGGAACAAUCGUGCUGAGCUCAUUGCUUGCUGCUGGCGCCAUCUAUGUGCGACGUUUUCGCUGA